AUGCCUGCUAAGAUGGCACUGGCUGGUUCAAUUUCUAGCAAACCGGUACCACCACGCUCCAAAAAAGUGUCUGCAGCAGGAGUAGAAGUGAAUCAGAGCAAGCUGGAUCUUUUCUGCAAGCUGGGCUAUGGUAAGCAGGACAUCUGCAAAGUGCUGGAGAACCUGGGCCCAGAGGCCCUGGAGGAUGAUGUGUUGAAAGAACUGAUUCGGAUGGGAAGUAAACCUCAAGCUCCGGAGAACCAGGCUCAGCCUUCCCCACUAAAACUUGUUGCCCGUGGAUCAUGUAGCACUACACCAGGGUUGAAGUGGCUUGGAGAAGACGAAAGUGAUUCUUCCGAUUCCUUGAGACCCAUUGUGAUUGAUGGCAGCAAUGUUGCAAUGAGCCAUGGAAACAAAGAGGUAUUCUCCUGCUGGGGGAUCCAGCUGGCGGUGGAUUGGUUUCGAGAGAGGGGGCACACAUACAUCAAGGUCUUUGUACCACUCUGGAGAAAGGAGCCCCCUCGACAAGACAGUCCCAUUGCAGAUCAGCACAUUCUUGAAGAGCUUGAAAAGCAAUCGAUCCUUGUCUACACACCGUCUCGGAAGGUGAAAGGCAAGAGAGUAGUUUGCUACGAUGAUCGUUAUAUAGUGAAAGUUGCUUAUGAAAAAGAUGGAGUCAUUGUUUCCAAUGACCACUACCGGGAUCUCCAAAAUGAAAACCCUGAAUGGAAAUGGUUUAUUGAGCAGCGACUACUCAUGUACUCUUUUGUCAGUAACAGGUUUAUGCCUCCUGAUGAUCCGUUAGGCCGGCAUGGACCUACUCUUGAUAACUUCCUCAGCAAAAAGCCAGUGCUUCCUGAAAAAAAAUUGCAGCCUUGCCCCUAUGGUAAAAAAUGCACCUAUGGCAAUAAAUGCAAAUUUUACCAUCCAGAGAGACUACGUCAAGCUCAGCUUUCAGUUGCUGAUGAGCUCAGGGCCAAAACAAAGGUCCUGUUAACCCUGGGGAAAGAGGAGGAGAGAUGUAACUGCUCACUGUACAAGACCAGAGGAGAGCCUGCACCCUGUGAAGCCUGCACAGAAACUCUGCAAGAAGCCAGAGGCGGUGCAGGGCCUUCCUCCUACUCAGGGAGUUCCCAGAGGAGCUGUCCUGAGCAGAUAUCCAGUGCCUGGGCUGGUGGUCCCAGCUCUGACCUGGGGCUGGACCAGUGCUUGCCACAGCCAGAGCGAGACCAGCCGCUCCUGGAGCAGAUGUCAGCCAUGUCCAUUGGUGAUGGCACCUACAGCUAUAACUGGUCCAUACAAACCUCUCAGGACAGGGAGGUGAUGGACAACCCUCAUCACUGCGGUGACCUCAGGCACAAGCUGUUCUCACUUCGCCACCCUCAUAGCUUGGACCACACCUCACUGGGGCGCCCUUUCCAGCAAACAGUGCUCCCCGCUGCGCGAGGCGGGAUGUGCCCAGAGCACAGCUGGCCUCAUGAGUGCUGCGGCAUGCACAGAACGGGGCAGAGGAGCUGCUACGUCCCCGAUGGUGCUCAGCACAAACAGACCCUGGGGACUCAGCAGCAUGUUUUGCUGCAGUCCACAGUUCUUCCCCCUGACAUGCUUCACUUGUACAGUGAGCACCAGCUGCAGCAGCAGCAGCACUGUUCCCCCAGCCAGCCCCCACGGCAGCCCUUCCUGUUAGACUCCAGCCACAGACCGAGCUUCUUCCAGAAAGCCCGUGCUUACCCCAGUACUUCUUACAGUGACUACUGGCGCGCCCCAGCUGAAAGGCCAUCCUCUGCCCAGCAAGUAAACAUAUACAGGGAGCUGUGCUCCCUUUUUCCUUACAGCGAGAUGAACCAGGUCAUGACUUUGUACCCUGAUAUCAAGGAUAAGGGGACUGGAGCUCCUCCCCUAUGA